GGCGGAAGUGCCCUCAGAGCGCCUCAAGGAGGCUUCUGAGGGGAUUUUGAGCCAUGGCCGAGGACAUGAAGCUGAAGCUUUGCCGCUACAAGACGGCGCCGUUCGACAGCCGCUUCCCCAACCAGAACCAGACCCGCAACUGCUGGCAGAACUACCUGGAUUUCCAGCGGUGCCAGCGCGCCAUGGACGCCCGCGGCGCCGAUGCCACCCCGUGCCAGUGGUACUUCCGCGUCUACAAGUCCCUGUGCCCGACCUCGUGGGUGACGGCGUGGGACGAGGCCCGUGAGGAGGGGACCUUCCCCGGCAAGAUCUGAGCUGUCCCCGAGCCCCGGUGACACCGAGGGGACACGGCCGGGGGGAGGUGACACCGCGG